CUGGGAAGUAGGAAGAGAAGCAGUUACUCCAAUCAGUGGGCAGGCCCCAGAGUGACAGGUGAACUCUCAGAAUUUCCCACUUUCCAAUGAUUACAGCCGUCUUCCCAUCAAACAGGAGCAGCCAGGCUUUCCAUAGAGGGACAGGGACUGUCCAGGAGCUGCUUCUAGUGAGGGCUGUUCUGCUGAGUCAUGCCUCCGGGAUGAUGGAUGAUGAAGUGGUUCUGCAGUGUACCGCAACCAUCCACAAAGAACAACAGAAACUAUGUUUGGCAGCAGAAGGAUUUGGCAACAGACUUUGUUUCUUAGAGUCCACUUCCAAUUCCAAGAAUGUGCCCCCGGAUCUGUCCAUCUGCACCUUUGUGCUGGAGCAGUCCCUCUCGGUGCGGGCCCUGCAGGAGAUGCUGGCUAACACGGUGGAGAAGUCGGAAGGGCAAGUUGAUGUGGAAAAAUGGAAAUUCAUGAUGAAGACUGCUCAAGGUGGUGGCCACAGGACACUCCUCUAUGGGCAUGCCAUCCUGCUGCGCCAUUCCUACAGCGGCAUGUAUCUGUGCUGCCUCUCCACCUCGAGGUCUUCAACUGAUAAGCUGGCUUUUGACGUUGGCCUGCAGGAGGACACCACAGGUGAGGCCUGUUGGUGGACUAUACAUCCAGCCUCGAAGCAGCGAUCAGAAGGAGAAAAAGUACGGGUUGGAGAUGACCUCAUCCUAGUUAGUGUGUCCUCUGAGCGGUACUUGCACUUGUCUUACGGCAAUGGCAGCCUGCAUGUGGAUGCAGCCUUCCAGCAGACCCUGUGGAGCGUGGCGCCCAUCAGCUCAGGAAGUGAAGCAGCCCAAGGGUAUCUGAUUGGUGGUGAUGUCCUCAGGUUGCUGCACGGACACAUGGACGAAUGUCUCACUGUCCCUUCAGGAGAACAUGGCGAGGAGCAACGGAGAACUGUUCACUAUGAAGGCGGUGCUGUCUCUGUUCACGCACGGUCCCUUUGGAGACUAGAGACGCUAAGAGUUGCGUGGAGUGGGAGUCACAUAAGAUGGGGCCAGCCAUUCCGACUACGCCACGUCACGACAGGAAAAUACUUAAGUCUCAUGGAAGACAAAAGCCUUCUACUUAUGGACAAAGAAAAGGCAGAUGUAAAAUCGACUGCAUUUACCUUCCGGUCUUCCAAGGAAAAGCUUGACGUGGGGGUGAGGAAAGAGGUUGAUGGCAUGGGAACAUCUGAGAUAAAAUACGGUGACUCGGUAUGCUACAUACAACACGUGGACACGGGCCUGUGGCUUACCUACCAGUCGGUGGAUGUGAAAUCCGUGAGAAUGGGGUCCAUACAACGUAAGGCUAUUAUGCACCACGAAGGCCACAUGGACGAUGGUUUAAACUUGUCCAGAUCUCAGCACGAAGAAUCACGAACAGCCCGAGUCAUCCGGAGCACUGUCUUCCUUUUCAAUAGAUUCAUAAGGGGCCUGGAUGCUCUCAGCAAGAAAGCGAAGGCUCCUGUGGUCGACCUACCCAUCGAGUCCGUGAGCCUGAGUCUGCAGGACCUCAUUGGCUACUUCCAUCCGCCCGAUGAGCACUUGGAGCACGAGGACAAGCAGAAUAGGCUGCGUGCCCUGAAGAAUCGGCAGAACCUCUUCCAGGAAGAGGGAAUGAUCAGCCUUGUUCUGGAGUGCAUCGACCGACUGCACGUCUAUAGCAGUGCCGCACACUUUGCCGACGUCGCUGGGCGAGAAGCUGGGGAAUCCUGGAAAUCCAUCCUGAACUCUCUAUAUGAGUUGCUGGCGGCUCUAAUUAGAGGAAAUCGUAAAAACUGUGCUCAGUUUUCUGGCUCCCUCGACUGGCUGAUCAGCAGAUUGGAAAGACUAGAAGCUUCCUCAGGUAUUCUUGAAGUUCUACACUGUGUGUUAGUGGAAAGUCCAGAAGCGCUAAAUAUUAUUAAAGAAGGACAUAUUAAAUCUAUUAUCUCACUUUUAGAUAAGCAUGGGAGAAAUCAUAAAGUCCUGGAUGUCUUGUGUUCACUCUGUGUUUGCCAUGGGGUCGCCGUCCGGUCUAACCAGCAUCUCAUCUGUGACAAUCUCCUGCCAGGACGUGAUCUUUUACUGCAGACUCGUCUUGUGAACCAUGUUAGCAGCAUGAGACCCAACAUCUUCCUGGGCGUCAGUGAAGGGUCUGCUCAGUAUAAAAAGUGGUACUAUGAGCUCAUGGUGGAUCACACUGAGCCCUUCGUGACAGCGGAAGCGACUCACCUGAGAGUGGGCUGGGCUUCCACUGAGGGGUACUCACCUUACCCCGGAGGGGGCGAGGAGUGGGGCGGCAAUGGCGUUGGUGAUGACCUCUUCUCCUACGGGUUUGAUGGCCUUCAUCUCUGGUCAGGUUGUAUUGCCCGCACUGUAAGCUCACCAAACCAGCACCUGCUGAGAACUGAUGAUGUCAUCAGUUGCUGUUUAGAUCUAAGUGCCCCCAGCAUCUCAUUCCGAAUUAAUGGACAGCCGGUUCAAGGAAUGUUUGAGAAUUUCAACAUUGAUGGCCUCUUCUUUCCAGUUGUUAGUUUCUCUGCAGGAAUAAAGGUUCGCUUUUUGCUUGGGGGGCGACAUGGAGAAUUCAAAUUCCUUCCUCCACCUGGGUAUGCUCCUUGUUACGAAGCUGUUCUGCCCAAGGAAAAGCUGAAAGUGGAGCACAGCAGGGAGUACAAGCAGGAGAGGACGUACACGCGAGACUUGCUGGGCCCCACGGUGUCCCUGACACAAGCCGCCUUCACACCAAUCCCCGUGGACACCACCCAGAUUGUGUUGCCUCCUCACCUGGAAAGGAUAAGAGAAAAACUGGCAGAGAAUAUCCAUGAGUUGUGGGUUAUGAAUAAAAUCGAACUUGGCUGGCAGUAUGGUCCGGUUAGAGAUGACAAUAAGAGGCAGCACCCGUGUCUGGUGGAGUUCUCCAAGCUGCCUGAACAGGAGCGCAAUUACAAUUUACAGAUGUCGCUCGAGACCCUCAAGACUUUGUUGGCACUGGGAUGUCACGUGGGUAUAGCGGAUGAACAUGCUGAAGAAAAGGUGAAAAAAAUGAAGCUCCCCAAGAAUUACCAGCUGACAAGUGGAUACAAGCCUGCCCCAAUGGACCUGAGCUUUAUAAAGCUCACUCCAUCUCAGGAAGCAAUGGUGGACAAGUUGGCAGAAAAUGCUCACAAUGUGUGGGCCCGGGAUCGAAUUCGGCAGGGCUGGACUUACGGCAUCCAGCAGGAUGUAAAGAACAGAAGAAACCCUCGCCUUGUGCCCUACACCCUCCUGGAUGACAGAACCAAGAAAUCAAACAAGGACAGCCUGCGUGAGGCCGUGCGCACGCUGCUGGGCUACGGCUACAACCUGGAAGCCCCGGAUCAAGAACACGCUGCCAGAGCUGAGGUGUGCAGCGGCACCGGGGAGAGGUUCCGCAUCUUCCGCGCAGAGAAGACCUACGCAGUGAAGGCGGGCCGCUGGUAUUUUGAAUUCGAGGCGGUCACUGCAGGAGACAUGAGGGUUGGCUGGAGCAGGCCAGGGUGUCAACCUGACCAGGAGCUGGGCUCGGAUGAGCGUGCCUUCGCCUUCGAUGGCUUCAAGGCCCAGCGGUGGCACCAGGGCAAUGAACACUACGGGCGCUCCUGGCAGGCAGGCGACGUUGUGGGUUGCAUGGUCGACAUGAACGAACACACCAUGAUGUUCACGCUUAAUGGCGAAAUCCUGCUGGACGAUUCAGGUUCCGAACUGGCUUUCAAGGACUUUGAUGUUGGUGAUGGAUUCAUCCCAGUGUGUAGCCUUGGGGUGGCUCAAGUGGGCAGGAUGAACUUCGGAAAGGAUGUCAGCACCUUGAAGUACUUCACCAUUUGUGGCUUACAAGAGGGCUACGAACCGUUUGCUGUUAAUACAAACAGAGACAUUACCAUGUGGCUGAGCAAGAGGCUCCCUCAGUUUCUCCAGGUUCCAUCAAACCAUGAACAUAUUGAGGUAACCAGAAUAGAUGGCACCAUAGACAGCUCCCCGUGUCUCAAGGUCACUCAGAAGUCCUUUGGCUCCCAGAACAGCAGCACUGACAUCAUGUUUUACCGCCUGAGCAUGCCCAUCGAGUGCGCCGAGGUCUUCUCCAAGACUGUGGCUGGGGGGCUCCCGGGUGCUGGCCUCUUUGGGCCCAAGAAUGAGUUGGAGGACUAUGAUGAUUCUGACUUUGAGGUUCUGAUGAAGACAGCUCAUGGCCAUCUGGUUUCUGACCGGGGUGACAAAGAUAAAGAAGCUACAAAGCCGGAGUUUAAUAACCACAAGGACUACGCUCAGGAGAAGCCCUCUCGUCUGAAACAGAGAUUUUUGCUUAGAAGAACAAAGCCAGAUUACAGCACCAGCCACUCCGCAAGGCUGACAGAAGAUGUCCUUGCUGAUGACAGGGACGACUAUGACUUCCUGAUGCAGACUUCCACGUACUAUUACUCAGUGAGAAUCUUUCCCGGACAAGAACCUGCUAACGUCUGGGUGGGCUGGAUCACAUCGGAUUUCCACCAGUACGAUACAGGCUUUGACUUGGACAGAGUUCGCACAGUGACAGUCACUCUAGGAGAUGAAAAAGGAAAAGUGCAUGAAAGUAUCAAACGCAGCAACUGCUAUAUGGUGUGUGCAGGAGAGAGCAUGAGCCCCGGCCAAGGACGCAACAACAACGGGCUAGAGAUCGGCUGUGUGGUAGACGCCGCCACGGGGCUGCUCACGUUCAUUGCCAACGGCAAGGAGCUGAGCACAUACUAUCAGGUGGAGCCAAGCACAAAGCUGUUUCCUGCAGUGUUCGCACAAGCUACGAGCCCCAAUGUGUUCCAGUUUGAACUGGGAAGAAUUAAGAACGUGAUGCCUCUCUCUGCGGGAUUGUUCAAGAGUGAGCACAAGAACCCCGUGCCCCAGUGCCCACCACGUCUCCAUGUGCAGUUUCUGUCACAUGUCCUGUGGAGCAGGAUGCCCAACCAGUUUUUGAAGGUGGACGUCUCACGGAUAAGCGAGCGCCAAGGCUGGCUGGUGCAGUGUCUGGAUCCUCUGCAGUUUAUGUCUCUCCACAUCCCCGAGGAGAACAGGUCUGUGGACAUACUGGAGCUGACGGAGCAGGAGGAGCUGCUGAAAUUUCACUACCACACUCUGCGGCUGUACUCUGCUGUCUGUGCUCUUGGGAACCACCGGGUGGCCCACGCCCUGUGCAGCCACGUGGACGAGCCUCAGCUGCUCUAUGCCAUCGAGAACAAGUACAUGCCUGGAUUGCUGCGCACAGGCUACUAUGACCUGCUGAUUGACAUUCACUUGAGCUCCUAUGCCACGGCCAGGCUCAUGAUGAACAAUGAGUUCAUCGUCCCCAUGACUGAGGAGACGAAGAGCAUCACUCUCUUCCCUGAUGAGAACAAAAAGCAUGGCCUCCCUGGGAUUGGCCUCAGCACUUCCCUCCGGCCCCGGAUGCAGUUCUCUUCCCCCAGUUUUGUGAGCAUUAGUAAUGAAUUUUACCAGUACAGUCCAGAGUUCCCGCUGGACAUUCUGAAGGCCAAAACCAUACAGAUGCUGACGGAAGCGGUUAAAGAGGGCAGCCUGCACGCUCGGGACCCUGUUGGGGGGACCACUGAAUUCCUCUUUGUGCCUCUCAUCAAGCUGUUCUACACUCUGCUGAUCAUGGGCGUCUUUCACAACGAGGACCUGAAGCACAUCUUGCAGCUGAUUGAGCCCAGUGUGUUCAAGGAAGCUGUCACACCAGAGGAGGAGGGCCACACCCUGGAGAAAGAGCUCAGUGCAGAAGACUCGAAGCUGGAGGGAGCAGGUGACGAAGGGGGCAAGAGACCCCAGGAAGGCCUGCUCCAAAUGAAGCUGCCUGAGCCCGUCAAACUGCAGAUGUGCCUAUUGCUCCAGUACCUCUGUGACUGCCAGGUCCGGCACCGGAUAGAAGCCAUAGUAGCCUUUUCAGAUGACUUUGUGGCUAAGCUCCAAGAUAAUCAGCGUUUCCGAUAUAACGAAGUCAUGCAAGCCUUAAACAUGUCGGCUGCACUCACAGCCAGGAAAACCAAGGAAUUUAGAUCACCACCUCAAGAGCAGAUCAAUAUGCUUCUCAAUUUUAAGGAUGACAAAAAUGAAUGUCCAUGUCCUGAAGAAAUUCGUGACCAACUAUUGGACUUUCAUGAAGAUUUGAUGACACACUGUGGAAUUGAGCUGGAUGAAGAUGGGUCUCUGGAUGGAAACAGUGACUUGACCAUUAGAGGGCGUCUGCUGUCCCUGGUAGAAAAGGUGACAUACCUGAAGAAGAAGCAAGCAGAAAAGCCAGUGGAGAGUGACUCCAAGAAGUCCUCCACCCUUCAGCAGUUGAUAUCUGAGACAAUGGUUCGGUGGGCCCAGGAGUCAGUCAUUGAGGACCCUGAGCUGGUGAGGGCCAUGUUUGUGUUGCUGCAUCGUCAAUAUGAUGGCAUAGGGGGUCUGGUCCGGGCACUGCCGAAGACUUACACCAUCAAUGGUGUCUCUGUGGAGGACACCAUCAACCUGCUGGCAUCUCUUGGUCAGAUUCGUUCUCUGCUGAGUGUGCGAAUGGGCAAAGAGGAGGAGAAGCUUAUGAUUCGUGGGUUGGGGGAUAUCAUGAACAAUAAAGUGUUUUACCAGCACCCGAAUCUCAUGAGGGCCCUUGGGAUGCAUGAGACAGUGAUGGAGGUCAUGGUCAAUGUCCUCGGAGGUGGGGAAUCCAAGGAGAUUACCUUUCCCAAGAUGGUGGCCAACUGUUGUCGCUUUCUCUGUUAUUUCUGUCGAAUAAGUCGGCAGAAUCAAAAAGCCAUGUUUGAUCAUCUCAGUUAUUUACUGGAGAACAGCAGUGUUGGUCUUGCCUCACCGGCUAUGAGAGGUUCAACGCCACUGGACGUGGCAGCAGCCUCGGUGAUGGAUAACAAUGAGCUUGCCCUCGCUCUGCGGGAGCCAGAUCUGGAGAAGGUUGUGCGCUAUUUGGCUGGCUGUGGCCUGCAGAGCUGCCAGAUGCUGGUGUCCAAGGGUUAUCCAGACAUCGGGUGGAAUCCAGUGGAGGGGGAGAGAUACCUUGACUUCCUCAGAUUUGCUGUCUUCUGUAAUGGGGAGAGUGUGGAAGAAAAUGCAAAUGUCGUGGUGAGAUUGCUCAUUAGGAGGCCUGAGUGCUUCGGUCCUGCUUUGAGAGGGGAAGGUGGGAAUGGUCUUCUUGCAGCCAUGGAAGAAGCCAUAAAAAUAGCUGAGGAUCCUUCCCGAGAUGGCCCCUCUCCAACGAGCGGAUCCAGCAAAACCCUUGACACAGAAGAGGAGGAAGAUGACACCAUCCACAUGGGGAACGCCAUCAUGACCUUUUAUGCAGCCUUGAUUGACCUCCUGGGGCGCUGUGCCCCUGAGAUGCAUUUGAUUCAUGCUGGUAAGGGAGAAGCCAUCAGAAUCAGGUCUAUUCUGAGAUCCCUGAUUCCCCUGGGAGACUUGGUGGGAGUCAUUAGCAUCGCUUUCCAGAUGCCGACAAUUGCCAAAGAUGGGAAUGUGGUGGAACCUGACAUGUCUGCGGGGUUUUGCCCAGAUCACAAGGCAGCCAUGGUUUUGUUCCUUGACAGGGUCUAUGGGAUUGAGGUGCAAGAUUUCCUCCUCCACCUUCUCGAGGUUGGCUUUCUGCCAGAUCUCCGGGCUGCUGCUUCUCUAGACACGGCUGCUUUGAGUGCAACAGACAUGGCCUUGGCUCUCAAUCGAUACCUUUGCACAGCUGUCUUGCCUUUGCUGACAAGGUGUGCUCCCCUCUUUGCUGGGACAGAGCACCAUGCGUCCCUCAUCGACUCAUUGCUGCAUACCGUGUAUAGGCUCUCUAAGGGCUGCUCACUCACCAAAGCUCAGCGGGACUCCAUAGAAGUGUGCUUGCUCUCCAUCUGUGGCCAGUUGAGGCCUUCUAUGAUGCAGCACUUGCUGAGAAGAUUGGUAUUUGAUGUCCCCUUAUUAAACGAACAUGCAAAGAUGCCUCUCAAGCUGUUGACUAAUCACUACGAGAGAUGCUGGAAGUACUACUGCUUGCCUGGGGGCUGGGGCAGCUUUGGUGCUGCCUCCGAAGAGGAGCUUCACUUAUCAAGGAAGUUGUUCUGGGGCAUUUUUGAUGCCCUGUCUCAAAAGAAAUAUGAACAAGAACUUUUCAAGCUGGCACUGCCUUGCCUGAGUGCAGUCGCAGGAGCUUUACCUCCAGACUACAUGGAGUCAAACUAUGUCAGUAUGAUGGAAAAACAGUCAUCCAUGGAUUCUGAAGGGAACUUUAACCCACAACCUGUUGAUACCUCCAAUAUUACAAUUCCUGAGAAGUUGGAAUACUUCAUUAACAAAUACGCAGAGCAUUCCCACGACAAAUGGUCAAUGGACAAGUUGGCAAAUGGAUGGAUUUAUGGAGAAAUAUAUUCGGAUUCUUCUAAGGUGCAGCCAUUGAUGAAGCCAUAUAAACUCUUAUCUGAAAAGGUUUCUGUAGAUGCUGCCCAUGGUUACAGCCCCCGAGCCAUCGACAUGAGCAAUGUUACACUGUCUAGAGACCUGCAUGCUAUGGCAGAAAUGAUGGCUGAAAACUACCAUAACAUAUGGGCAAAGAAGAAGAAAAUGGAGUUGGAGUCCAAAGGUGGUGGAAACCAUCCCCUGCUGGUGCCCUAUGAUACCCUGACAGCCAAGGAGAAAGCCAAGGAUCGGGAGAAGGCACAGGACAUCCUCAAGUUCCUGCAGAUCAAUGGCUAUGCUGUAUCCAGAGGGUUCAAGGACCUGGAACUGGACACACCUUCCAUCGAGAAACGAUUUGCUUACAGUUUCCUCCAGCAGCUUAUUCGCUAUGUGGACGAAGCCCAUCAGUAUAUUCUGGAGUUUGAUGGUGGCAGCAGAAGCAAAGGAGAACAUUUCCCUUAUGAACAAGAAAUCAAAUUCUUUGCCAAAGUCGUUCUUCCUUUAAUUGAUCAGUAUUUCAAAAACCACCGUUUAUACUUCUUAUCUGCAGCAAGUCGACCUCUCUGCUCCGGGGGACAUGCAUCAAACAAAGAGAAGGAGAUGGUGACUAGCCUAUUCUGCAAACUUGGAGUUCUUGUCAGGCAUAGGAUUUCACUAUUUGGAAAUGAUGCAACGUCUAUUGUCAACUGUCUCCAUAUUUUGGGUCAGACUUUGGAUGCAAGGACUGUGAUGAAGACCGGUCUAGAGGAUGUGAAGAGCGCGCUCAGGGCUUUCCUGGACAAUGCUGCAGAAGAUCUAGAGAAGACCAUGGAAAAUCUGAAGCAGGGCCAGUUCACCCACACCCGGAACCAGCCCAAAGGGGUUACGCAGAUUAUCAAUUACACCACGGUGGCACUCUUGCCCAUGCUGUCGUCAUUAUUUGAACACAUUGGCCAGCAUCAAUUUGGAGAAGAUCUAAUAUUGGAAGAUGUGCAGGUGUCUUGUUAUAGAAUUCUAACUAGCUUAUAUGCUCUGGGAACCAGCAAGAGUAUUUAUGUGGAAAGGCAGCGUUCUGCCCUGGGAGAGUGCCUGGCGGCCUUCGCAGGUGCCUUUCCUGUUGCAUUUUUGGAAACACAUCUUGACAAGCACAACCCUUACUCCAUCUACAACACCAAGUCUUCCAGAGAGAGAGCAGCACUCAGUUUGCCAGCCAGCGUGGAAGACGUUUGUCCAAAUAUCCCAUCUCUGGAGAGACUCAUGGAAGAAAUCGUGGAGCUGGCCGAGUCUGGCAUCCGCUACACGCAGAUGCCCCAUGUGAUGGAGGUGGUGCUGCCCAUGCUGUGCAGCUACAUGUCGCGCUGGUGGGAGCACGGGCCCGAGAGCAACCCGGAGAGGGCAGAGACCUGCUGCACAGCCCUGAGCUCAGAGCACAUGAACACGCUCCUGGGGAACAUCCUGAAGAUCAUCUAUAACAACCUGGGGAUUGAUGAGGGGGCCUGGAUGAAGAGGUUAGCAGUGUUUUCCCAGCCGAUUAUCAAUAAAGUGAAACCUCAGCUCUUAAAAACUCAUUUCUUGCCACUGAUGGAGAAACUCAAGAAAAAGGCCGCCAUGGUGGUGUCUGAGGAAGACCACCUGAAAGCUGAGGCCAGAGGGGACAUGUCGGAGGCUGAGCUCCUCGUCCUAGACGAGUUCACCACCCUGGCCAGAGACCUCUAUGCCUUCUACCCUCUCUUGAUUAGAUUUGUGGACUAUAACAGGGCCAAGUGGCUGAAGGAGCCCAACCCAGAAGCAGAGGAGCUUUUCCGCAUGGUGGCCGAAGUCUUCAUCUAUUGGUCGAAGUCCCAUAAUUUCAAGAGAGAGGAGCAGAACUUCGUUGUGCAGAAUGAAAUCAACAAUAUGUCGUUCCUCAUUGCUGACACCAAGUCAAAGAUGUCCAAGGCAGCUGUUUCUGACCAGGAAAGGAAGAAAAUGAAGCGCAAAGGAGACCGCUACUCUAUGCAGACUUCUCUGAUUGUAGCAGCUCUGAAACGGCUCCUGCCCAUUGGGUUGAACAUCUGUGCCCCUGGGGACCAGGAGCUCAUUGCUCUGGCCAAAAAUCGAUUUAGUCUGAAAGACACAGAGGAUGAAGUACGAGACAUAAUCCGCAAUAAUAUUCAUUUACAAGGCAAGUUAGAAGAUCCUGCUAUUAGAUGGCAAAUGGCUCUUUACAAAGACUUACCAAACAGAGCAGAAGAUACCUCAGAUCCAGAGCGGACAGUGGAGAGAGUUCUGGAUAUAGCAAAUGUGCUUUUUCAUCUUGAGCAGGUGGAGCAUCCUCAGAGAUCUAAAAAGGCCGUGUGGCACAAACUACUCUCCAAGCAGAGGAAAAGGGCAGUGGUGGCCUGCUUCAGGAUGGCUCCCUUGUAUAAUCUGCCAAGGCAUCGGGCUGUCAAUCUCUUUCUUCAGGGAUAUGAAAAAUCUUGGAUUGAAACAGAAGAACAUUACUUUGAAGAUAAGCUGAUUGAAGAUUUAGCAAAACCUGGGGCUGAACCUCCAGAAGAAGAUGAUGUCGCUAAGAGAGUUGAUCCUCUGCAUCAGUUGAUCCUUCUGUUCAGUCGCACGGCUUUAACAGAGAAAUGCAAACUGGAGGAAGAUUAUUUAUAUAUGGCUUAUGCAGAUAUUAUGGCAAAGGCACACCAUUUAUGGUCUAUCGGUUGUCUUCAGAGCAGUUGUUUAUUGCUAUUUUGCUUCUUGUCCUCAUCCUUCCUUAAGGUCACAGGAUCCCAACGCAGCAAGCACGAUAUUAUCAAAGAUUUAAGAAACAAAUUUGCCAGCCUCGGCGAGAACUCUCUGGAAAAGGAGAUGGAAAAGCAGAAGCUUCUCUACCAGCAAGCCAGGCUGCAUGACCGGGGGGCCGCAGAGAUGGUGCUGCAGACCAUCAGUGCCAGCAAAGGUGAAACUGGACCCAUGGUGGCUGCUACUUUGAAACUUGGAAUUGCUAUUUUAAACGGUGGGAAUUCUACAGUACAACAGAAGAUGCUCGACUACCUCAAGGAGAAGAAGGACGUGGGCUUCUUUCAGAGCCUGGCGGGCCUGAUGCAGUCCUGCAGUGUCCUUGACCUGAAUGCUUUUGAGCGACAAAACAAAGCUGAAGGACUUGGAAUGGUGACAGAGGAAGGAUCAGUCGUCACUCGUGAGCGUGGAGAAAAGGUUCUGCAGGAUGAUGAGUUCACCUGUGACCUCUUCCGGUUCCUGCAGCUGCUUUGUGAGGGGCACAGCUCAGAUUUUCAAAAUUAUCUGAGAACUCAGACUGGCAACAAUACAACUGUCAACAUCAUCAUUUCUACUGUGGACUACCUGCUGAGGGUUCAGGAAUCAAUUAGUGAUUUCUAUUGGUAUUACUCCGGGAAAGAUGUUAUUGACGAACAAGGACAACGGAACUUCUCCAAAGCUAUUCAAGUUGCAAAACAAGUGUUUAAUACUCUUACAGAAUAUAUCCAGGGUCCUUGCACCGGGAACCAGCAGAGCCUGGCACACAGCAGGCUGUGGGACGCAGUGGUGGGUUUCCUGCACGUGUUUGCCCACAUGCAGAUGAAGCUAUCUCAGGAUUCCAGUCAAAUUGAGCUACUGAAGGAAUUAAUGGAUCUUCAGAAGGAUAUGGUGGUCAUGUUGCUGUCCAUGUUGGAAGGUAACGUGGUGAAUGGGACCAUCGGCAAGCAGAUGGUGGACAUGCUGGUGGAAUCUUCUAACAACGUGGAGAUGAUUCUCAAGUUUUUUGACAUGUUUCUCAAACUGAAGGACUUGACAUCCUCGGACACAUUUAAGGAGUACGACCCUGAUGGUAAAGGUGUCAUUUCCAAGAGGGACUUCCACAAAGCUAUGGAGAGCCACAAGCACUACACCCAGUCGGAAACGGAGUUUCUUCUGUCUUGCGCAGAGACUGAUGAAAACGAGACGCUGGAUUACGAGGAGUUUGUCAAACGGUUCCACGAGCCGGCCAAGGACAUUGGCUUCAAUGUCGCCGUCCUCCUGACCAACCUCUCUGAGCACAUGCCCAACGACACGCGGCUGCAGACCUUCCUGGAGCUGGCAGAAAGCGUGCUCAACUACUUCCAGCCCUUCCUGGGCCGCAUCGAGAUCAUGGGCAGUGCCAAGCGCAUCGAGAGGGUGUACUUCGAGAUCAGCGAGUCGAGCCGCACCCAGUGGGAGAAGCCGCAGGUCAAGGAGUCCAAGAGGCAGUUCAUAUUCGACGUGGUCAACGAGGGAGGGGAAAAGGAGAAGAUGGAGCUGUUCGUCAACUUCUGUGAGGACACCAUCUUCGAGAUGCAGCUGGCAGCCCAGAUCUCCGAGUCGGACCUGAAUGAGCGCUCAGCCAAUAAGGAGGACAGUGAGAAGGACAGGCCAGAGGAGCAGGGCCCCCGAAUGGGCUUCUUUUCCAUCCUGACGGUCAGGUCGGCCCUGUUGGCGCUCAGAUACAAUGUGCUGAGCCUGAUGCGCAUGCUCAGCCUCAAGAGCCUCAAGAAGCAGAUGAAGAAGGUGAAGAAGAUGACGGUGAGGGACAUGGUCACUGCUUUCUUCUCCUCCUACUGCAGUGUCUUCCUGACACUGCUGCACUUCGUGGCCAGCGUCUGCAGAGGCUUCUUCCGCAUCGUCUGUAGCCUGCUGCUCGGAGGAAGCCUCGUGGAAGGGGCCAAAAAAAUCAAAGUCGCAGAGCUUCUGGCCAACAUGCCGGACCCUACUCAGGACGAGGUGCGAGGAGACGGAGAGGAGGGGGAGAGGAAGCCUCUGGAGGCCGCCCUGCCCUCUGAGGAUCUGACAGACUUGAAGGAGCUGACGGAGGAAAGCGACCUUCUCUCAGACAUCUUUGGCCUGGAUCUGAAGCGAGAAGGAGGGCAGUACAAGCUCAUUCCCCACAACCCCAAUGCCGGCCUCGGGGACCUGUUGAGCAGCCCCGUCCCCCUCCCUGAGGUGCAAGAGAAGUUUCAGGAACAGAAGGCAAAAGAAGAAGAAAAGGAAGAGAAGGAAGAGACCAAAUCCGAACCUGAAAAGGCCGAGGGAGAAGAUGGAGAGAAAGAGGAGAAAACCAAAGAAGAAAAGGGCAAACAGAAGCUCAGGCAGCUUCACACACAUAGAUACGGAGAACCCGAAGUUCCCGAGUCAGCAUUCUGGAAGAAGAUCAUAGCCUAUCAACAGAAGCUUCUAAACUAUUUUGCACGCAACUUCUACAACAUGAGAAUGCUGGCCUUGUUUGUCGCGUUUGCCAUCAAUUUUAUCUUGCUCUUUUACAAGGUCUCCACUUCCUCUGUGGCUGAAGGGAAGGAGCUGCCCACUCGAAGCUCCAGUGAAAAUGCAAAAGUCACCACCAGCCUGGACAGCAGCUCACACAGGAUCACCGCAGUCCACUACGUGCUGGAGGAGAGCAGCGGCUACAUGGAGCCCACACUGCGCAUCCUCGCCAUUCUCCACACCGUCAUCUCUUUCUUCUGUAUCAUUGGAUAUUACUGCCUGAAGGUCCCAUUAGUUAUUUUUAAACGAGAAAAGGAAGUAGCACGAAAAUUGGAAUUUGAUGGGCUUUAUAUUACAGAGCAGCCUUCAGAAGAUGACAUUAAAGGCCAGUGGGAUAGACUUGUAAUCAACACACAGUCAUUUCCCAACAACUACUGGGAUAAAUUUGUUAAAAGAAAGGUUAUGGAUAAAUAUGGCGAGUUCUAUGGUCGAGACAGGAUCAGUGAAUUACUAGGAAUGGACAAGGCUGCAUUGGACUUCAGUGAUGCCAGAGAGAAGAAGAAGCCAAAGAAAGACAGCUCCUUGUCAGCCGUACUGAAUUCCAUUGAUGUGAAGUAUCAGAUGUGGAAAUUGGGAGUUGUUUUUACUGACAACUCCUUCCUCUAUCUAGCCUGGUAUAUGACCAUGUCCGUUCUUGGACACUAUAACAACUUUUUUUUUGCUGCUCAUCUUCUUGACAUUGCUAUGGGAUUCAAGACCUUAAGAACCAUCUUGUCAUCAGUAACUCACAAUGGCAAACAGCUGGUAUUAACUGUGGGAUUAUUGGCUGUUGUCGUAUACCUAUAUACUGUGGUGGCAUUCAAUUUUUUCCGAAAAUUCUACAAUAAGAGUGAAGAUGGUGAUACACCAGAUAUGAAAUGUGACGAUAUGCUAACGUGCUACAUGUUCCACAUGUAUGUGGGGGUCCGUGCUGGAGGGGGCAUUGGAGAUGAGAUUGAAGAUCCAGCAGGAGACGAGUAUGAGAUCUAUCGCAUCAUCUUUGACAUCACCUUCUUCUUCUUCGUGAUCGUCAUCCUCCUGGCUAUCAUACAAGGUUUAAUUAUUGAUGCUUUUGGGGAACUGAGAGACCAACAGGAGCAAGUCAAGGAAGACAUGGAGACCAAGUGCUUCAUCUGUGGAAUAGGCAAUGACUACUUUGACACAGUGCCACAUGGCUUUGAAACCCACACUUUGCAGGAGCACAACUUGGCCAACUACCUGUUUUUUCUGAUGUAUCUCAUAAACAAAGAUGAAACCGAACACACAGGACAGGAAUCUUACGUCUGGAAAAUGUAUCAAGAGAGGUGCUGGGAAUUUUUCCCAGCAGGGGAUUGCUUCCGGAAACAGUAUGAAGACCAACUAAAUUAAAAUCACCACUGAAACCAGAAGGCCCCCUCCCUCUCUGUGCCUCCCUGUCCACCUGCCCACCCUCUCUGACCCCCUCUCUGUCUCUGUCCUCUUGGAAAGAGCGUGCAGAUUUUGUGAAUGGCCAGUGUUCUGUGCUUUCUGGGAGCAUCAGAGCUCUGUCUCUAAGGACCUGUUUUCCCCCCACCUUGUGUAUUUUGUUUGAGAAAUAAAGACUGAAGAAGAAUCUAAAUUCAUACCCAGAUAAAAUGGGAACUCUGGGAAGAAGAUCAUUGCAGACACUCUCUACCAUACCAUGCGGGCAGUUUCUUCUGAGGGUCCUGGACACCUCCUGAGCCAUGGGACCUUCACAGUGGAGCGUGGCAGCCACAGUCACCGGCCUCUUUAUUUCACCAUCUGAAAGGGAACUGUCUGAGGGUCACAGCACUGUAGCACUUAGCCGAUUGCCGUGGACACCAGUUGUGAAGGGAAACCGUGCCUUAUUCUAUGUGGGUUGAGCUAUGCAGAAGAUGUGCAUGAAAAGCAUCUUUCUUUUCUUUACAUCCACCUUUUUUUCCUUAGUUAGAUUGAUUUCAUGAGUUUUUUUUUUUCCUCUUCAUUUUUUUUCUCUGGUGGGGGAGGGUAAGAAAAGCUUUCUCACCUGUUUCAAAAGAUGGGUGGUGUGACUCAGGAUGGACGAGGCUCUUCUCAUCAGCUACUCCUCAUUUGCCCUCCCUGUCUGCUCCUGCUCUAAUUUUGGUAAUGCUCUCUGAUGCAACAUUGCAACAUUAUGAAAUCUUUGUAUGAAAACAAAAAGACUGCAAAAAAACACACUUUGAAAAGAAAUAAUUCAUUGCAUGUUUAUUAUGCAAGUUUAAAGGAACCAAGAAAACCUUCAGAAGCAAGUUGAUCAACAUGAGAGAACUUCCAUGAUAAUUAUAUCCAUAGUAAUAAAGUGUCGUGGGCUUAUUUGUACACUCGGAGCCAAUGUCAUCCACCAACAAUGUGAUACGUUCUGAACUUGAGGUAGUUUUGGGUUUUCCUCUUUCUUUCGGUCACCCGUGAUCAGUUGUUGAUUAAGGACUUUUCGUCAGGCCAUUUUUUGAUAUCAAAGCUGAAGCAAUAUCCAUUCAGGGAUUUCAUCAGUUGCAUCACAGACCAUGGGUGAUAUAUAAAUUGCUCCAUUUUUUUUUUCCAUUUUGAGUCCUUUUAAAUGUAAUGCUAACCUUUACAAUUAAAAAGACACAUUCAGAAUGGAAGUGAGGUCAUUUUGCAAACAUUGGAGCUCUUUUAUUACAAGUCUGCUUGUUAAUUUUAGAAUUGUAAAACUGCUAUGAUUAAACUAUUUAACUAACUUUC